AUGCUCGCCGCCACUCUCGACCUCAUGGCUCGUCGUUUCUUUCCGGGCCAAAAUGCUGCCUUUGGACUAAGUGUCUUCCUCUUCACCUUCAUGUUUUUGCCUACGCUGGUCGUCUUGCUGGCCGUCAUUCUGCGGUUGACCCCUUUUGCGUUCACCGGGCUGUACACAUUCAAUCCCGUGAGGCAUUCUUACCAUGAGAAGCACGAAACUGAUGAUUACGACUACUUGGAUCCGAUAUUCCGGUUACGAUUUUCCAUCAUGAAGAAAAGAACACUUGCGAUCGUCGCAACGGUGGCCUGCGCCGCGAUCGAAUAA